AUUUUUUUGGGGUGGGGGGGAAGAGCAAUUGCAACACAACAUGCGACAAGGAACAACUUUAAUUGUCAAAGUUCCAUAUAUAAAUAGAAAAGCACUUUCUCACACAAGACACGCACAAUCAUCUAUCAAAACCAUAGACAUUCUCUCUCUCUCUCUCUCUCUCAUAAUCCGAAGGUUAUUACUUCAUGCUUGAAGUGUCAACUAAUUGAACUACAAGAUUCUUGGCCUAACUAGUGACUAAUGCAUAGUUGAUGUGGUAUCACUGGGAAUAUUUUGCUUUUGCGCGGGCCAUUAGAGAUGCUCUAAAGUGGGAAUUUUCAGUGGCUGUCAAUCUGUGACUGUAUUGUAAAAGUUGAACAUGGCUAAGAACGGUGGAGAAGCGAGUGGGAGAACUUCAUCGGGGUUCCCACAGGUGGUUCUCAAUGAGAGGAUCCUUAAUUCAAUGUCCCGAAGAUCUAUAGCUGCUCAUCCUUGGCAUGACUUGGAGAUUGGACCAGGUGCUCCAUCAGUUUUCAACCGUGUUGUUGAAAUUGGAAAAGGCAGCAAGGUUAAGUACGAGCUUGAAAAGACAAGUGGCCUUAUAAAGUUAUACUCAAUUUACUUGUAUGUUCUGCUACUAGUCAUCGUCGUACCAUUUGCUUUAGAAGACAUUACCUGUUUCUUGUGGCACAAGUUAAAGGAUACCAAGAGGAUAAACAGCUGGCGCAGGCGCCGUUUUCAAGAUAUUGAAUUAGAGUACAGUUCAAGUGAUGACAGUGAAUUUUCAGAUAACUAUCAUCAUCUAAAUGUCAGUAGAAAGCAAAAGUCUGUCAAAGAGAGAAGAAAAGAUCGACUUCGGAGAUCUCUCUACCCUUCAAGUAGGCAUAGUGGACACAAUCACAAUCACCAUCAUCAUGUAAGGUUGAAGACUGGGGAAGUAUCAGUUCAUGUUAGGGGUAGGUCUCAAAGAUUAAGUACCUCAAGACACCUUCAAUUGAAUAAGGUAAGAAAUGCUCGAAAAGAUGUUGGGAUUUUCAAGAGGAGACGGUUUAGAUGAUCAUAUCAUGAUUGGAGAUACUGCUUUGGUUUGUAGCAGUAGUCUUUAAAAUUGAAGUAAUUAUAAAAUUUUUGACUUAACAAAUGCAAUUUCUAGUUUAGAGUGUCUGUGUCAGUGUAAGAAUUACAAGGUCAACCCUCUCUCCUUGGCUUCGUUUUGUGAUUUUGUCUUUAGGCCUAAAGGCACAACAAGAGGGGAAUAGGCUAAAAUUUGACAUUGAGCACAAAGAACAUUAUUACACUUUUACCAUUAUGGAAUUUGGAGCUUCAUAUGGAUGCAAUCAUUUAGGUGUAUUAUUCAUACCCAUGCA